GCGGCGGGGGCGGCGAGCGGGGCGCGGCGUGCGGCCGAGGGCGCCCCUGCGCGGCGACCCCCGGAACGCCCGGCCCCGGGGCCUGGGUGAGACGGCGCGGCGCGGCCCGGAGCGAGGUGGGCCGGCCGCGGACGCGCCGCUGGCGUUGGACGAGAGUCUGUUUGCAGGAUUUCCGCGGGCGUUUGGCUUUGGAACGUGGAAACGUGUAACCGCCGGGCCAGCUGGUGCGCCGAGUCGGGGUUUUGAGCGCUGUCGAAGCUGGUUGCGUUUGGACGGGGCGGAGUGUCGCCGCCCGCCGAGACGUGCGGGCAGCGGGCGCGCAGUCCCGCGGCAGUGCUCGUGGGUCUGCGAGGGUUAGGCCCGGGGCGCGAGCCGGGGAGGGCUUGGGUGUGCACAGGGCCGGGUAAGGAGGCGGGCGUGUGCUUUGCUGAAGCAGGUGACGGUGGGACUGCGCGCGGCGAGUGCGCCGGAGACUGGGCCGUGCGCGGGUCAGAGGUGAGGCCGAACAGCCCCAAGCCGCGCUCCUCACGUGGGGAGGAGAUGGCGGUCUGUGUGGAGAGGUUGCGCUGUGGCCGUCUGUUGACGGGGGAGAAGGUGAGGGGUGGCUUAGACCGGCCCGGGAGCAGUGGGGGAUGAUGGCACUCGGGUAAGAAUUUUAGCUGGGGCUGGGCCAGGCCUGAGCGCGGAGCCAGGAGCCUUGUCCCGGUCUCCCACGUGGGUGGCAGGGCCCGAGCACUUGGGCCUUGUUAAAAAAGUUGUAUGUCCCGUAAUUGGGACAUUUCGCUGCGCUUUUUUGCAGUUAGGCAGUAGCAGACUGCGCUGCAGUGUGUCCUCGGUGUUCACUCACGGGUGCGCUGUGCGGAAGCCUGCGGGCUGAGUCCCAGAGACUGAGUCGUGUUUUGAAGGGGAUGCAGCUGAUGGUGAAUGGUGGCACUGAAUGACACGCAGGCUUGCAGCUCCAAAACCUUGGUGGCGCCUUGUGCUGUGCUGCCUCUCGGGUGAAAUCCCUGUAGAAUGUAGAUUACACAGUAACUAAAAAGAAAGUUCUGUGGCUUAAAAAGUAUUAAUGCCAGAUUUUUUUCCCAUAAAUGAUCACAACACUAAAAGAACAGAGGAAACCAUUAAAUACUCCUUUGGGAAAUAAUUUUGUUGUGCAUGUCAGUGGAAUUUUGUGGUAGUUCUAUGGCCUCCACAAAAUCGGAAAUUAAAGGUAAUUUGGUGUGAACUGAGGUGUAUGGGCUGGUGCAUGGUAUGGAAACACAGAUUCUACGUAGUGCUAAGGAUGAUGGAGAGCAGUAUCUGUAGAGUGUCUACCCACUGGGUGUUUUGUGUGGAAUCUUGUGUCUUAGACUGGAUGAGUCUUGAUAAGGUCUUAGAGUGGAUCAGAGAAUAAGGUGUCGUAUUUUGCGUCAGAUGAAGUAUGGAUAAAAGUGAGCCUCCCUUCCCUGGCAGGAGACAGGGAUCUUGAAAGAAUUGUUGAGGAUAUGAAACUGACUUGACUUACCUAUGUUUUAGUUUUUGUUACCCUCAGGUGGCUUCCCUAAAGCAGUAAGCAAAGUGCUUAAAUAAAAAGGAAAAAUAAUAAAAAGGUAUUUGUGUGCUCAUUUGAGGGGGCACAGUAACAGUUAGGAAGGAAUUGGAGCACUUAAGUUUGAGAAUGAAAAGUUCCUCUUUGAAUUUGAGAGAAGACUGACCCAUACCUUGGCCCCAAUUCCAAGCCUUGAACAAGUCGCUGCAGAACCCGUUCAGGCCUUGUGCCAUCAGUGACCGCCUCAUUUCAGUGGCUCCGAGUUCGUGAGGAUCAGCCAAUCCCUGAGCACUCCUGCCGCGGAAAGCCGAGCAAUCCUGGCGCUGCGUGCCUUUCUCCGAGCCUGGAACAGCAUUGGCUUUUGCUGUAAGUUGAGACUGUUCCUUGCAAGUCAUAACUUUAGCUUCCCUGUUUCAGGUACGUGUGGAUGAUGGCCUUUGCUUAGACAGUCCUGUUGUAACAGCUGGUUCUUACAGAAAGAACCCCAGGAUAGCAGGGUCGUGGAGCAGAGCUGACAGACGGAGUAGAGAGCAUCAGGAGAUGCUUGUGAGCAUUGCUGUCCCCAGAGGGGCCAGUCUGGGCUUGAACAGAACCUGUGUUUGGUUUGUGGAAAUGCAUCAGGAGGUUGUUGGCAGUACUUCUGUGUGAGUAAACUUUUGAAGGCCAGAACCCAAUUCAGUGCAUUUUAUUUGUAAACAUCACUUUUUACUUGCCGCGAUUUUUGUACCCCCAGUUCCACAAUCCUUGCCAAGCCCAAGAUACAUUUUUCACAUAACUUGUCUGAGAAGAAACUGAAUCACUCUGAAGCCACGUCUCAAAAACUGCAGAUUUCCUCUGGAGAUUCCUUGCUGCUGUUAAUCCACCUUCCCCUCACCCCCAUUCUGAUAUGAGCCCACCUUUGUGGUCUGACUUAACUUUGAAUUAUCACUAAAUAUGUUUAGGCCUCUCCUGUACUUCAUGUUUGUUUUUUGUUUUCUAAGUUUAUUUAUUCAAAAGUUUAUUUGUUUAUUCAAAAGGCUGAGUUAGAGAGAGAGAAGGAGAGGCAGAUCUAUCUGCUGUUCAUGGUUCUCUCCCCAGAUGUCCACAAUGGCUAGGUCUGGGCCAGGCCAAACCAGGAGGCAGCUUCAUCUGGGUUUCCCACAUGGGUGGGUGGCAGGGGCCCAACCACUUGGGCCACCUUCUGCUGCUUUCUCAGGCACAUUAGCAGGGAGUGGGAUUGGAAGUGGAGCAGCCAGGACUCGAACCAGCACCCAUAUAGGAUGCCUGUGUCUGAGCGGUGGCUUAUCCCACUGCACCACAGCGUGGGCCCCACCUCACGUGUUCUUUGAUGCUGAUCUGCUCACGCUGCUAUGUCAGGCUUCAGCCCUCUUACCCUCCACAGCCUUUCCCUCCUUUAACCUCCCAGCACUUGUGCAAGUGCCACCUUUCCUUCGUUUCUGAUCGCCUUUAUGUGUGGAGCUGUAACGUCACUGCUGCCCUGAAGUUGAGUCCAGUGGGGCAAUAGGUACUGCAAGUGAGUAAUCGAAACACAAGUGGAAGGAGUCGAGCUGGUUACGUGCAGCUCCCUAGGAGCAUUCCCUGCCCUGGGUGAGGGUUGCAGAGGGAGAUGUAGAAGUGGAGUGUUGACUCAAACUACCCUUAGCACCUGGAAGCUAUUGCCAGAUUGGCUUCUAAACAUGUAGAAGUUAUAGUGUUCAUUGUCAUGUGAUAGUAAAAAUUGGUAUUUAUUAUUUUACUUGGCAUUUCCUUUAUUAUUAAGUAACCAAAGUGUUUGUCACUUGAAUUUGACUAAUAAUUUUUUUUUAGUUUUUUUUAUAUGUAUAUUUUUUAAAGGUUUACUUAUUUGAAAGGCAGAGUUAGAGAGAGGUAGAGACAGAGAGUUCUAUCUGCUGGUUCACUUCCCAAAUGGCUGCAACAAUCAGGGCUGGGCCAGGCCAAAGCCAGGAGCCAGGAGCUUCCUCCAGGUCUCCCACCUGGGUGCAGGGGCCCAGGCACUUGGGCCGCCCCUCCGCUGCUUUCCCAGGCCAUAGCAGAGAGCUGGAUCAGAAGUGCAGCAGUUGGGGGGACUUGAACCGGGGCCCAUAUGGGAUGCCAGCUUCACAGGUGGUGGCUCUUCCUGCUAUGCCAUGGUGCCAACCCUUUUUUUUUUAGUUUUUAAAGGUUAUACAAUAAAGUUUUUUGAAAUGGUUGUAUGUUUUUAAAAGGUUAUAAAUAACAAAGAACCUUUUCCCCUGAAUCUUUGAGAGUAAACUGCCAAAUAAGGUGCCAUACUACUCAAAAUACAAACUUGUCUUAGAACAUUGUUAGCAUCCUCCCAAUAAACCUGUCCAUUUAUUUACUUGUUCUCCCAGCCAACCACUAAUCUGCCGUCUUUUUCUGUAGAUUUCUGUUUCCUGCACAUGUAAAUGGAAUCUGAUGAGAACAUUCUCCUGUAUACCCAUAAGAAAACCAUAAAACUCAGGAAAUCAGUACAUUGUUAAAUCUAAUCUCAUACACCUUUCACAUUUUGCCAGUUGUUUUAAUAGCAUCUUGUGUAGUAGAAGGAUCUAGUUAAGAAUGGCGCAUUGUUCUCAGUUGUCUAGUUUGUUGCGGUCUGGAUAGUUCCUUUGAUUUUCCUUCCAUUCAUAUAUUUGUGUGUAUGCAUAUGUGUGUGUAUUUGUAAUGUAUAAUUCACUGAAGGGGGGGGGGUUAUAGAGUUCUGCAAUAGUCACUGCUGUUUUUGAACAUGAUUUGGCCCCCAAACUCAUGCAAACCUCUGAACCCCAGAGUUAGAAGUUAAUGGUGUUAAGGGGCAGAAAUGGAAUCCAGGGAGGGCAUUGAGGAGGUGCGACCUGGUGAGAUGUGUGUGGGCCAGGGGGGCUGCCCUCGGAGAGGUUACUCUCACAGAGGGUCAGAAAAGCCUGAGUCAGGCCCGGGCCUGGCUCAUCAGGUGUCCCGUCCUCUGCAAGUGCUCUUUCAUUGACAUCUGCUGUCCUCACCAGCCAGCCAGCCAGUGGGGCUACCGGAUCUUGGACUUGAACUUGAACCUACAAAACUUGUCAGACCUCAUCCAGGACAGCUCUAAGACAGGCGACUCACAGCUAGAGUCCUCCAGAGGUACCUUCUGUCAGUGCUGGUGGGAAGUCCAAGACGAGGAGGUCUAAGGUAACCCCACUUUUGGGGGAGGAAUAUCCGAAGAGCAUAUCAAUGGAAGAUAAUGUCGUAUGCAUCUUUGGAAAAUUGUCUGCCACAGGAAAAUUUCAAAAAUGUUUCAAAUUCCUGUGGAGAAUCUUGACAGCAUUAGGAAGGUGCGGAAGAAGGUGAAAGGCAUUCUCGUGGAUAUCGGACUGGACAGCUGCCAGGAGCUGCUGAAGGACCUUAAAGGCUUUGAUCCAGGAGAGAAGUACUUUUAUAACACAUCAUGGGGUGAUGUUUCUCUCUGGGAACCUUCUGGAAAGAAAGCGAGAUACCGAACAAAGCCGUACUGUUGUGGCCUCUGUAAGUACUCCACAAAGGUGCUGACUUCCUUCAGAAACCAUCUGCAUCGCUACCACGAAGACGAGGUGGACCAGGAGCUGGUGAUCCCGUGCCCGAACUGUGUGUUUGCUUCCCAGCCCCGCGUGGUGGGAAAGCACUUCAGAAUGUUUCACGCGCCUGUCCGGAAAGUCCAGAACUACACUGUGAACAUUUUAGGGGAAACCAAGUCAUCAAGGAGCGACGUGAUCAGCUUUACGUGUUUAAAAUGUAAUUUUUCCAACACUUUGUACUACAGCAUGAAGAAGCAUGUGCUGGUGGCUCACUUUCACUACCUAAUUAACUCCUACUUUGGCCUGCGGAGUGAGGAGAUGGGCGAGCAACCCAAGAAGGACGACGGGCUUUGUAGGGAGAAGGGGCCGCCCGACAGGUACUACUGUAAGAAGUGCAGCGCCCACGCCAGCAGCCAGGACGCGUUAAUGUACCACAUUCUGACGUCGGAUAUACACAGGGACUUGGAGAACAAGCUUCGCUCUGUGAUCUCGGAGCACAUCAAGAGGACUGGCCUGCUGAAGCAAAUGCACAUCGCUCCCAAGCCAGCCGCACGCGUGGCCAUCCCCCGGAACGGCGGUGCCCCCCCUGGCCUCGCGGCCCCGCCUCCUUGCUUUCAUCUUGCCUUGCCGCAGAAGAGUCAGAGCCCAGCCGUGGUGCAGCCGGUGACUGUGGCCCCGCCGGUGACCGUGGCCCCGGGCACUUCUGGGAGCCUUACGCAUUCUCCGCCUGCCGUGGCUCAGUCCCGUGUGACUCUCGUCUCCAGCCCUCUGCCGGUGUGCCAGAGCAACCUCACUCUGCAGCCCUCGGCUCCUCAGCCCGUCUUUCUCUCUGCCGGGGUCCCACUUAGUAAGUCAGUGAAGCCUCCCGUGUUGCCCCUCAGCCAGCCAGUGGGGCCUGCCAGUAAGUCUGUGGGGCCUGGUGUCCUGCCUGUGACCCAGGCCGUCCGCCCUGGGGUCUUGCCCCUCGCCCAGCCUGUUGGGCCUAACAGACCUGCUGGGCCUGGCGUCCUCCCCGUCAGCCCUGCUGUCACCCCAGGGGUUCUGCAGGCUGUCUCUCCAGGGGUGAUUUCUGUGAGCCGGGCAGUCCCAUCCGGGGUCCUUCCUGCAGGCCAGAUGACUCCUGCUGGAGUUAUUCCUGGACAGACGGCGACUUCCGGGGUUCUGCCUCCUGGCCAGAUGGUCCAGUCGGGGGUUCUCCCUGUUGGCCAGACCGCCCCGUCGCGAGUUCUGCCCUCCGCCCAGACAGUGCCGUUGAGGGUUCUCCCUGCGGGCCAAGCGGUGCCGCCUGCAUUGCUUUCCCCUAACCAGACGGUCCCCUCAGGUGCUGUCCCUGUGAACCAGGGCGUGGGUUCUGGUGUUCUUCAGCUCGGCCAGCCCGUCAUGUCAGGAGUUGUCCCCGUGGGCCAGCCAGUGCGGCCCGGGGUUCUGCAGCUGAGUCAGCCUGUCGGCACCGGCAUCGUGCCUGUGAACCCGCCGGUGAGAGCCGGCGCGGCCCAGAGCACCACCUUCCUGACCUCAGGCUCCAUUCUGCGGCAGCUCAUCCCCACAGGAAAGCAAGUGAACGGCAUUCCGACCUACACGCUGGCCCCGCUGUCCGUCACUCUGCCUGUGCCCCCUGGGGGCCUCACGACCGUCACCCCGCCACAGAUGCCCAUCCAGCUCCUGCCCUCAGGGGCAGCUGUGCAGACAGCCAGCUCUGUGCCCAGCCUGCCCUCCCCUCCCGUGCUGGUGGGGGCCGCCCAGAGCGUGUUUGUCCAGGCCUCUCCAUCUAUGCCAGACGCAAAUCAGGUGCUCAGACAGGCCAAGCAGUGGAAAACCUGUCCCGUGUGCAAUGAGCUCUUCCCAUCCAACGUCUACCAGGUUCACAUGGAAGUGGCUCAUAAGCACAGCGAGUCCAAGACUGGCCAGAAGAGGGAGCCCGAGAAGCUGGCAGCCUGUGCGCCCUUCCUGAAGUGGACCAGGGAGAAAGUGGUCCGGUGCCUGUCCUGCAAACGCCUGGUCUCGGAGGGCGAGCUCAUCCGUCACUUGCUGACGCACGGCCUGGCCUGCUUGUUCUGUCCCUGCACUUUCCACGACAUCAGAGGCCUUGCGGAGCACAGCAAGACCGUGCACCUGGGGAAGAAGCAGCUGCCCGUGGAUUACAGCAACAAAGGGUUCCAGCUAGAUCUGGACGCCAGCGGCAACCUGCUCUUUCCCCACCUCGAUUUCGUCACUGUCCUGCCCAAGGAAGAGCUCGGGGAGCGGGAGGUCUACCUGGCCAUCCUGGCCGGGGUUCACUCCAAGUCCCUGGUGCCCGUCUACGUGAAGGUGAGGCCGCAGACCGAGGGCCUGCCCGGGAGCCUCGGCAAGCCGGCCCUGACCUGCCCCUUCUGCUUCGGCACCUUUGGCACCACAGAAGCCUAUGAGCUGCACCUGAAGGAGAGGCACCACAUCAUGCCCACCGUGCACACCAUCCUCAAGUCUCCAGCCUUCAAGUGCAUCCACUGCUGUGGGGUUUACACUGGAAACAUGACCCUGGCCGCCAUCGCCAUCCACCUGCUGCGCUGUCGCAGUGCGCCCAAGGACAGCAGCUCAGAACUGCAGAUCCAGCCCGAGCUGAUGGAGAACAGCCAGCUGCUCUUAGUCAGCGGAGAGGUGAUCCACGAUUCUGGCUUCCCUGUGAAGAGAAAGCUGCCCGAAGGCCACUCGGGGGCAGACGCCCAGCGGGAUGGGGACGAGCAGCCCGCUACCCCGAAUGCCGAUGCAGCCCCCGGCCCAGAAAAGGGGGCGAGUGUUGUGCCUUCCAAAAGACAAAGGAAUGAAAGCAGGACAGAGGUGCCGGCUGUCGGUGACGACGCGCUUCAGAUUCUGGCGCUGGACCCCAAGAGAUACGAGGACCGCUCCUACGAAAAGAAAAAGCAGUUCCUCAGAGAUUAUUUCCACAAGAGACCGUAUCCGAGUAAAAAGGAGAUAGAACUGCUGUCCUCGCUCUUAUGGGUGUGGAAAAUCGAUGUGGCCUCGUUCUUCGGGAAACGAAGAUACGUUUGCAUGAAAGCAAUAAAAAGUCACAAACCCUCUGUACUUUUAGGCUUUGAUAUGUCUGAACUUAAAAAUGUUAAACAUAGACUGAACUUUGAGUAUGAACCAGAAAGCUUGUAAAAAAGCCCUUCUGAAGUGCUAGGUGACAGCCUUCUGUUGAGAUUUAAAUAGGUUGUUCCCGCACUGUGUUGACUUAAUCAAUUCCAGUGGUUGUUAUGCUGCUCCUUAGAUUUAUUUCAGGUGCUCAGAAAGACCCCUGUAAGGAAGAGACUAGUUCUUUCAGAUUUGUUUCCUACAGUUUGAUUUGUAAAUUAUUUUGUUUUUUUCUGUCAUGUAAAUUAAAUCUUUUGAUAUUUCAUGCACGCCUUGUUUUCCCAGUAGUGUCAGUAAUCUUAUGACUAAACAACUGAAACCUGCACUAUUUGGCUUUUUCUUUCCACUUAAGGAAAUUCCUCUGUUCUCAGAAGCGUGAGUAACGCAGGUUGGGGCGUUGCUCUCCUGAGCGCCGCACGCAGCAGAUGGUGCAGGGGGCAGGGGAGACCAGGCACGGACCUGGUGGGUGGUUCCGUGAGGGAUGCUCCGACCGCACUGCCUCAGGCUGGCUUCUCCUUUGUAAGCCACUCACUAGAUUGUAAUUUUGAGCUAUAUUUUUUCAGGUUUGUCCUAAUAGUUUUUUAAAAAAUCAUAAUUCAUAGAAAAUCAGAUGUUUGCAUUUGUUAAGAACACAUUGAACCUGAAGUCUAGGGUAUAGCUCAUAAAUUGAGCUGCUUUACAAAUGAAGUGACUGUAGGUGCGGAAAUGCUUCCAGUGUGGACUUGCCCUCGGUGCAGUGACGAGUCAUUGCCCCAGUCACCGCGAGACAGUAAAUCUUUAGUGCCUUUAGAAUAAACAUUGAACACAACACACAAAAGUUCUUUCCUAACCUAACUGCUCUUAGUGGGGGAGGGCCAGGGUACUCAGGAAGGAAACUUUGCCCCUGAAUGUAGUCUCUGAUCCCAGCUGAGAGCAAACGUGGGCUCAUGGGGGACAAGACCAACAGAGGAGCAAGACCUCGGUCGUCUCCGUGGUUGGUGCCGUAAGUCUGAGGCGGUUUCCAGGGAGUAACACUGCUGGGCGGGUGGACGGGCCUUCUGUAGCCCAGGUGUCCAGGUGAGAGGCUGCGGGGUUGCUAAUGAGUCGCCGUCGGCUCUGUCCUUUGGAUGUUAAACCUCGCUUUUUUUCACACAACGUGAAGCACAACGCCAGGACCAGUCAUGGGGUCACCAGUUAGCCUGUCUCACCGUCUUCAGGCAGAAGUACCUGGAGGGCGUGGCCGCUUCUGAGUCGCUGCUCUGUGGACUUGGAAGCCACACUCGCAAGUCUGCUGCAUCGCACGCCUGAGGUGGCCGUGAGGCUGGUCUAUGAUUGUCCGUGUCUUGUAAAUCCAGAAAGAGAGCUUGUGGGCUUUUUUUCUUAACCUGUUUCCAGAGUGUCUAUUUUGAAUUAAAAUUUGUUAUACCAAUGCAAA